AUGUCGAACGUUUUCUUUCCCUUCUCCAAGGCGCCUUUGCGCACCGUAAAGGAGAUUCAGUUUGGUCUUUUCUCUCCGGAGGAAACCAAGCGCAUGAGUGUGGUUCACGUCGAAUACCCGGAAACAAUGGAUGAGCAACGUCAACGACCACGGACCAAAGGUGUUAAUGACCCGCGCUUGGGUACUAUCGAUCGCCAGUACAACUGCGAGACUUGCGAAGAAGGCCCCAAGGAGUGUCCUGGUCACUUCGGCCAUAUCGAACUGGCCGCUCCAGUGUUCCAUAUCGGCUUUUUGACUAAGAUUAAGAAGAUCCUGGAGACUGUCUGCCACAAUUGUGGAAAGAUCAAGGCCAACGCGGCGGAUCCUAAAUUUAGAGAAGCUGCACGCAUGCGAGACCCCAAGCGACGAUUCGAUCACAUUUGGAGACUUUCCAAAGAUAUCCUAGUUUGCGAGGCCGACCCGACACCCGACGAUGACGAUUACGAGAAAGGAGGCGAGAAGGAGGUAAACAGACACGGUGGCUGUGGCAAUGCUCAACCAACCGUUCGCAAGGAGGGUAUCACCCUUGUGGGAUCCUGGAAGCCUAGCAAGGCCAUGAUGGAAGACGAAAUGGCACAGCCCGAGAAGAAGGUCAUCACACCUGCGAUGGCUCUGAACAUCUUCCGAAACAUCUCGACCAGGGAGGUUGAGGUCAUGGGCCUGAGCAACGAUUAUGCUCGCCCCGAAUGGAUGGUUCUCACUGUUCUUCCGGUGCCACCUCCCACCGUUCGACCCAGCGUCAUGAUGGGUGCCACAAGUGGCUCUCGCGGUGAAGAUGAUCUGACUUACAAGCUGGCUGAAAUUGUCCGCGCCAACCAGAAUGUCCAACGUUGCGAGCAAGAAGGUGCUCCGGAGCACGUCAUUCGAGAAUUCGAGUCCCUUCUACAAUAUCACAUCGCCACUUACAUGGAUAAUGACAUUGCUGGUCAACCCAAGGCGAUGCAGAAGGGCAACCGUCCAGUCAAGGCUUUGCGUAGCCGUUUGAAGGGCAAGGAAGGUCGUUUGCGUCAAAAUUUGAUGGGAAAGCGUGUUGAUUUCUCUGCACGUACCGUCAUUACUGGUGACCCCAACUUGUCUCUUGAUGAAGUUGGUGUGCCUAUCUCAACAGCACGAAUUCUCACCUACCCCGAGGUGGUGACGCCAUACAACAUUGAGAAGCUGCAAGCUUUGGUCUCGAGAGGACCCAACAUGCACCCCGGUGCUAGAUACAUCGUUCGAGACAACGGCGAGCGUAUUGAUCUUCGUCACGCCAAGCGUGCUGGUGCGCAGCAGCUUCUCUACGGCUGGAAAGUCGAGCGUCACAUUGACAACGGCGAUGUCAUUUUGUUCAAUCGUCAGCCCUCUCUUCACAAAGAAUCCAUGAUGGCUCACCGCGUCCGCGUCAUGCCAUUCUCGACUUUCCGUCUCAACUUGUCAGUCACCACUCCAUACAACGCCGAUUUCGACGGUGACGAAAUGAAUUUGCACGUUCCACAGAGUGAAGAAGCCCGAGCUGAGCUUUCUGAGCUUGCCCUUGUCCCAAAGAACAUUGUGUCCCCCCAGCGUAACGGUCCUCUUAUGGGUAUCGUGCAGGACACUUUGUGUGGUGUCUACAAGAUUUGCCGUCGUGAUACUUUCCUGACCAAGGAUCAAGUCAUGAACGUUAUGCUCUGGGUGCCUGACUGGGACGGAAUUAUUCCCCCUCCCGCCAUUCUCAAGCCCCGUCCUCGCUGGACCGGAAAGCAGAUGAUUAGUAUGGCCUUCCCCACGGGUCUCAACCUCCUCCGUAUCGACAAGGACAGCUCGCCACUCUCCGAGAAAUUUAGCCCUCUUAAUGACGGUGGCCUGCUGAUCCAUGGCGGACAGUUGCUCUACGGAAUGCUUUCCAAGAAGACCGUCGGUGCAAGCGGUGGCGGUGUGAUUCACACCAUCUUCAAUGAGUAUGGUUGUGAUACUGCAGUCAAUUUCUUCAACGGCUGCCAAACCAUUGUCAACUACUGGUUGCUGCACCACGGAUUCAGUAUUGGUAUCGGUGACACGAUCCCCGAUCAGAACACGAUCAACAAGAUCGAAGACGCUGUUCGUGAGCGCAAACAGGAAGUCGAUACCAUUACUGCCAGCGCUACUGAGAACACUCUCGAGGCGCUGCCUGGUAUGAACGUCCGUGAAACCUUCGAGAGUAAGGUUUCCCGUGCUCUUAACAACGCUCGUGACGAGGCUGGUGCUGCUACCGAAAAGAGUUUGAAGGAUAUCAACAAUGCCAUUCAAAUGUCUCGCUCUGGUUCGAAGGGUUCGAUCAUUAAUAUCUCCCAGAUGACUGCAGUUGUGGGCCAACAAUCCGUGGAAGGAAAGCGUAUUCCCUUUGGGUUCAAGUAUCGCACAUUGCCGCAUUUUACCAAGGAUGAUUACUCUCCUGAGUCUCGUGGAUUCGUCGAGAAUUCUUAUCUCCGUGGUCUCACCCCUACUGAGUUCUUCUUCCACGCCAUGGCCGGUCGUGAAGGUCUUAUUGAUACUGCCGUCAAGACAGCUGAAACUGGUUACAUUCAGCGUAAGUUGGUCAAGGCCCUGGAAGAAGUUAUGGUCAAAUACGAUGGCACUGUUCGAAAUUCCUUGGGAGACAUUAUCCAGUUCAUCUAUGGUGAAGAUGGUCUAGAUGGUGCCCACAUUGAGAACCAACGAGUCGACAUCAUUCGAUGCUCCGACGAGAAAAUGAGAGAGCGUUUCCGUGUUGAUGUGAUGGAUCCCGAGCGUAGCCUCGGACCUGAAGUAUUGGAGCAAGCUAAUGAAAUCGCGGGUGACAUGGAAGUUCAGAAGUACCUGGAUGAGGAAUGGGACGCUCUUAUUGAGUCUCGAAACUUCCUUCGCACAGUUGCCAAGGAAGACGAGGAGAUGAUGCAACUUCCUAUCAACAUCCAGCGAAUCCUGGAAAUGGCACGCACUACUUUCCGAAUCCGCGAGGGCACCAUCAGUGAUUUGCACCCUGCCGAGGUCGUUCCUCAAGUGCAGGCGCUCCUUGACCGACUGAUUGUUGUUCGCGGAGAUGACGAUAUCUCUCGCGAGGCGCAGGACAACGCUACUCUGCUCUUCAAGGCUCAACUGCGCAGUCGUCUCGCUUUCCGCCGACUGGUGACGGACUACUCGCUCAACAAGCUUGCAUUCCAACACGUUAUCGGUGCCAUUGAGAACAGAUUUGCCCGUGCAGGCGCUAACCCUGGUGAAAUGGUUGGAGUGCUUGCAGCUCAGUCCAUUGGUGAGCCUGCUACCCAGAUGACUCUCAACACCUUCCAUUUUGCUGGUGUUUCGUCCAAGAACGUCACUCUCGGUGUGCCUCGUCUCAAGGAAAUUCUGAACGUUGCCACAAACAUCAAGACGCCUUCCAUGACAGUCUACCAAAUCGGAGACAAGACAUAUGACAAGGAGGGAGCUAAACAAUUGCGAAGCGUUGUGGAGCACACUAGUCUGCGGUCUGUUACCGAGGCCACUGAGAUCUAUUACGACCCCGAAAUUCAGUCCACUGUUAUUGAGAAUGAUCGGGAUAUGGUAGAGUCAUACUUCAUCAUCCCAGAGGAUGUUGGCGAUGACACCAAUCUCCAAUCGAAGUGGUUGCUUCGUAUCGUCCUCAGUCGUCCCAAGCUUCUUGAUAAGGGUCUCACCGUACAGGACGUUGCUACGAAGAUCAAGCAGGCUUACCCUCGCGAUAUUGCAGUCAUUUUCAGUGACAACAACGCAGAUGAGCAAGUCAUCCGUAUUCGUCAGAUCCAGGAUGGCAAGGAUGAUGAAGACGAUGAUGUCGAAUACGACGUCACAUUGAAGAAGCUCGAACAGCAUCUUCUUGACACCUUGACCCUUCGUGGUGUUCCCGGCGUUGAGCGUGCUUUCAUCAACGAGAAGAGCAAAGUUCGCAUUUUGGAUGAUGGCACUUUGCACACCAGCAAGUCGGAUCCUCUCUGCAAGGAGUGGGUUCUCGAGACCAGUGGCUCGCAUCUUGCACCCGUCCUUUCUCUUCCUGGCGUUGACGCUACUCGCACAUAUUCUAACCAGUUUAUCGAGAUUUUCGAGGUCUUCGGUAUCGAGGCCGCUCGUACCGCUCUGCUCCGCGAAUUGACACAAGUGCUGGCUUUCGAUGGUUCCUACGUCAACCAUCGUCACUUAGCCCUCCUGGUCGAUGUGAUGACUGUUCGCGGCUACCUGACCCCUGUUACUCGUCACGGUAUCAACCGUGCCGACAAUGGUGCGCUCAUGCGUUGUUCGUUCGAGGAGACAGUGGAAAUUCUUCUCGAAGCCGCUGCGUUCGGAGAACUUGAUGACUGCCGCGGUGUUUCUGAGAAUCUGAUCCUUGGACAGAUGGCCCCCGCUGGAACGGGAGAGUUUGAUGUCUACCUGGAUCAGACCUUGCUCAACACAGUCGUGUCGAACAAUGCUCGAUUCGGACUCGUGAACAGCGGUGCCAAGGAUGCAAUGAUUCCGGAUGGUGCUGCCACCCAGUAUGACAGCGCUUCGCCCUUGGCUAGCACUCCUUACAUGGUUGAUAGCGAUCCCGAUGCCAGCUUCUCUCCUAUCCCACAGCCUGGUUCGGAAUCUCCUGGCUUCCACAACUACCAAUCCGAUCCUCUCGGAUUCGCCAGUCCUGCGGCUCGCAGUCCCGCGGGCUACUCUCCCAGCAGUCCUUUCAACACCAGCCCAACGUCUCCUGGCUACUCUCCAUCGUCAAGCUACUCCCCUACCUCUCCGGGCAUGGGUAUGGGUAUGGGUAUGACAAGCCCUGGAUUCUCUGCGACCAGUCCCGGAUUCUCGCCCACAAGUCCGUCGUUUGCCCCCACAUCCCCAGCGUAUUCGCCGACUUCGCCCGCUUAUGGUCAAGCCUCGCCGACUUCACCGUCGUACUCACCUACGUCGCCUGGGUUCUCGCCAACGUCGCCCAAUUACAGCCCGACGUCACCUAGCUUUAGCCCAGCCUCCCCUGCCUUCAGCCCGACGUCUCCUAGCUACAGCCCUACCAGCCCUGCGCUUGGUGGUGGGCGACACCUGUCGCCGACCUCCCCGACAUCCCCCAAGUACACACCCACCUCGCCUGGAUGGUCUCCCACGAGCCCACAGUCCUACUCGCCGACGUCCCCUAACUUCUCUGGCUCGCCGACGUCUCCGGGCUACAGCCCAACUUCUCCGGCUUACAGUCCAACGUCUCCUCGCCAGUGA